AGUACUGUUUUAUGCACACGUUUCUUAGGUCGUAACUUCUCUCUCCUACUCUGCAAACAUGGGGCGUAUGGAGGUGGAGAAGCUUCGAUAUCUGGAGCGAGAAGAUUUCCGAGUUUUGAUAGCUGUGGAAAUGGGGAUGAAAAAUCACGAAAUCGUUCCGUUACCUCUCAUAUCAGCUAUCGCUGGUAUCCAUCGAGGAGCUGUCGCGCGUAUGCUCUCCGAUCUCUGCAAACACGGCUUGGUGGCAUUUGAGAGAAGCAAGAAAUAUGACGGCUAUCGUCUCACCGUUUUGGGUUACGAUUUCUUGGCGUUGAAAGCACUAUGCACUCGUGGUGUUGUUGGCAGUGUAGGCAAUCAGAUUGGAGUUGGAAAGGAGUCAGACGUAUAUGUGGGUGGAGAUCCGGAAAGAAAUGAUCUCUGUCUCAAAUUUCAUCGUCUUGGUCGGACGUCUUUCCGAAAAAUCAAAGAGAAGCGCGAUUAUCAUAAGAAACGACAUGCAGCAUCAUGGCUGUAUUUGAGUAGGCUCGCAGCCACAAAGGAAUAUGCAUUUCUCAAAGCACUGGCCGAACAUGGCUUUCCUGUUCCUCGGCCUGUGGAUGUGUGCCGUCAUCUUGUUGUGAUGGGACUGAUUGAAGGCGACACUUUAUGCCAUGUUGAUCACGUUGAAGACGUUGGAGGACUAUACGAUAGAUUAAUGUCACUUAUAGUGAAAUUUGGGCGACACGGUUUGAUACAUGGAGACUUCAACGAGUUCAACGUCAUGCUAUUAGAGGGUGAGAAAGUCAUCGUCAUUGAUUUUCCACAAAUGGUUUCUAUAGACCACCCAAACGCUCAGUUCUACUUUGAGAGAGAUGUCGAAUGUGUUAGGACCUUCUUCCGGCGAAAAUUUGGUUAUGACUCCGAUGACUUCCCAAAGUUUUCUGAAGUGACUCGUAAAUACAACUUGGAUGUUGAGUUGGAAGCAAGUGGAUUCACCAAACAAAUGCAGAUUGAUUUGAAUAAGGCUUAUGAUAGCGGCAAUUUUCAAGCACAUCAAGAUUUUGAUGAUUCCGAUGAAGAUGAAGAGACAGAUGAAGUAGACGUAAAUGCCGCUUCUGAGAGUGAAAGUGACAGCAGUACAAUUCAAGACGAGGAUGUUGACAAGGAACAAUUACGGGAAGAAGAAAAGCUAAGAAUGAAUGAAGCAAAGCUGCUGUCGCAGUCUGAACGUUUUAACAAUUGGCUUGGAGACGCUACAACACAACUUGAAAAACUAGUCGUUGAAGAGGCUGGGUCCAGUGAUGGCGACAGUUGCCCUCUACUAAUGCAUCCAAAAGAAGUCGAUAGGAAGGAAGAACAUCGACCGGAACGUGAGCCCUACGUACAAGCCCGUGAAGAACUUGAUCGCAUUGAAGCGCAGACUGCAGAAGAGCCACAUACGAGUGAAGACGCGCAUGCAUCGCAUCGAUCCAGAAAAUUGCGGGUUGCUCCAUCAGUAACGUCUACAACGUCCACUAUCCCACCAGAAGAGAUCAAACGAAGAGUUGCCCUCGAAAAACUUCGAAAUAAGGAGAAAACGAAACUUCGUGUCAAAGGCAAGCAGAUACAAAGGGUGGAUAUAGGACAUCAUAAAAGACGACUCCAGCUGGGGGAAACCGACUGUACCAACAGUAUGAAGGAUAUGGCACAAAGCAAUGCUAGCAUACCCGAUGAUUUUGAGAUGCCUAUCAGCGCAUUCGAUAUUCCUCGUUGUUAUCAAGGUGAUCUCUCUGCAGUUGUUAUUACCGAAGGACUGGUUCGUGAUCGAGUGAGAAGGCUAGCCAAAGAUAUCCACGAAACUAUUGGCGACAGCCAAUUGUCUUUAUUAUGUGUGCUGAAAGGAUCAUACAAAUUCUUCAACGCAUUAGUGGAUGAGCUUUCAAAUGCUCGAUGGACUUGCAAAGAGCCAAUGACAGUAGAUUUCAUACGUGUAAAAAGUUACGAGGAUGAUGCUAGCACGGGCAAAGUUCAGCUAGUUGGUAUGAGUAAUCUAGAGGAACUUCGAGGAAAGAAUGUUUUGGUUGUUGAUGAUAUCGUAGACACGGGCCUUACCCUAUCAAAGCUCCUUCACACUUUAGAAGGUUAUGGAACCAAGAAGAUCUGGACAGCAUUGCUGCUUUCUAAACGUGUGCCAAGAAAAGUAAACGUUGCUGAGGACUUUGUGGCUUUCAACAUCCCCGAUAAGUUUAUCGUUGGUUAUGGCCUUGAUUAUAAUCAGAAGUUUCGUGAUCUCAGUCAUAUAUGCGUAAUGAGCCCAGCUGGAGUCGAAAAAUACAAAAACAGUUGAUGGUUUUACAUUAGAACGCUAGCUAGAUAUAGUGCUUGUUUUAACAUAAUAUUAGAAACGUGUUGUUGAGCUCUGCAUUUGUUGCUUUGCUACCUUUGCUACCUUGUCAGUGAUCAACGUGCAAAUAUCUCUAUCGACUCUGAUAUCGCUUUACUUACGUCACCAGAAUAAUAAAUCAGGAAGAGCU